CAAGGUUCCCCGGUUGGCGCGUGAAGAUCCCUUGGAAUAUACUGAGAGUAGCAGCGAGGAGGAAGACGCGGGUGGUGAUGAGUACGAUAAUGGAGGCCAGAAUUGCUUUCGCAGAUGGGUUCAGUGUAUGAGCAAACCUUGGAAUUGGCUCGCGCUUGUCAUCAUUGGUACUAGUACAUUUACAACUUGUUCCGUCAACAUGUUGUCGGUGAAGUGAAUUUCGAAAGGUGGCGGCAGAUGCAGGCGUAAAAAUCCAUCAAUCGUCAUAGCAGGGAUCGUUAACCACAACAACAAGUACUUCGUUCGAAGUAGCAUGGACGUCUAGAUUGAAUAAUCAGGUUUUCUGACCUCAACGCUUCUAACCUCCCAACCUACCCGUCAGCUGCUGCUAUAACAUGUUUGGUCGUUUUUUGCGCGUACGUGACACCACGAACUGGUUCGGCUGUCUUGCGAGUUCUACCUUGUCCCAAUGGGGUGAAUCAGUGGUCAGUUGCAGCUUGGGUUACGUAUCUGGUUGUUCUUCUCAUCGUCCUACCGCUGAUUCUCUGUUACGGCUAGGCCUAGGUUUGUUCUUUGUUCUCCUGAAGUAUUGUAAUAUGGAUCGUCCAGGGCAAUAAUUUGAUUCAUGAGCAUGACGUACAUCGAAUUCGGUCUAUCUACAUGCCGAUGCCUACAUUCCCCAUUAUUUCCGUGAUGGAGUCAUCAAGUCAGAGGAGCAUCGGCUGAAUACAGCCUUUUUUUCGACUUGUUGUCCUCGGACUUGGCCAAGCUUCGUAUCUCUAACUCUGCUUCUGUUGCAGAUACGACGCGGCGUUCCUUUGAAGAGGGCAUUUCCACGUACUGCAAUUCGCACAACUAUUAAGUGUGGCAGCGGCCGAGAUCGUCCUCGUGGGAGAUGUGCGAUUCUGGACUACAGAUGCCACAACGCAAGUCGUGGUCAGAUCCUCGUAGCAGCCGGAUAACACGAUGUGUUGGUUGAUGGGAGGGGGAGGACUGCCACGAGACGAGGUUCAAACCGCUUUCAGUCACAUAGCAGCUCUAGUUGUCUCCAUGAUGACCGUCUGCGGAUACCACUCGGCAUGAAUCGUCCCCUAGAAGAGCAAAAGCUCGCAGCCUUUGUUGGAGGCCAAUGGGCUAAGGUAAUCCGGUGUUGACGACAAGAUCGCGAGCCUUGGGGGGUCUUUAGUUCAUCACGCGCCGUGCGAGUGCAGCCUCUAACAUCACGCAUAGGGACUGGACAUGGACAGAUGAACAGUGACAGUUCCUCUUGUAUAAAGAUGGGCCAUGGAACUUCUACACAUUCUUCUUCUCUUCAAUUUUGCAGGUG